ACCUACGCCUAUCACAAAGAGAGAGAGAAAGUGUGUGUGUGUGUGUUAUAUGAAUGAAAACAUUUGGUAUCUAAUUUUCAGAGCUGAUUUCAACAUGAAGCUUCAUGCUUUUGAAGCUCCAAUUGUUAACAAAUCAGUGUUGUGGAAUUCCUACAAAGGAAUUCUUCUAGCUCUGACACUAAUUCUUCUAACAAUCAUUCCUCUGUCUACAAACAAGAAUUUGCCUUCAUCAGUGCCAAGCCUAUGGAGAAACAUCACCAGUUUGAAGACAGUGAAGUCAGAGAAGAAAUGUGACGUGUUUCGUGGCGCUUGGGUGUCGAAAUCCGAGCAGCCGUAUUACACGAAUGACACUUGUGAUAUGAUGUUUGAAUACCAAAACUGUUUGAAGUAUGGAAGGCCGGAUAAAGAAUUCUUGAAGUGGAGAUGGAAGCCAGAUGAAUGUGAGCUUCCUCUUUUUGAUUCUGCUCAGUUCUUGGAAAUUGUUAAAGGGAAGUCCCUUGCUUUUGUUGGAGACUCCGUCGCUAGAAAUCACAUGCAGUCAUUGUUGUGUCUCCUCUCCAAUGUAUCUCAUCCAGUGGAUGUUUCUCUUAAAUACAACCUAACAUACGAUUUCAAAAGGUGGUUCUUUCCUGAUUACAAUUUCACCGUGGCAAGAUUCUGGUCACCAUAUUUGGUUAAAAGCAGGGACGCAGACCAGAAUGGUUUCUCCUCCAACAGCCUCAUGAAUCUAUACUUGGAUGAGGCAGACGAAACCUGGAUUUCCGCGGUCGAAACUUUCGACUAUGUGAUCUUCUCAGCAGGACAGUGGUUUUUUCGCCCUCAAGUAUACUAUGAAAAUGGUCAAAUGAAAGGAUGUUUCAAUUGCCAGCAAAGUAAUGUCACACAGAUUUUAAACUUCUAUGGCUACGGGAAAGUCUUUCAAACUUCCUUUAGGAAGCUUAUGGCGCUCAAAGGCUACAAAGGGAUGACAUUUAUGAGGACAUUUUCUCCAUCGCACUUUGAGAAUGGAGAUUGGAACAAAGGAGGGAACUGUGCAAGGACAAGGCCAUUUACAAAGGAAGAGAUGGAGUGGAAAAGUUUUGUCUUUGAGUUGCAUAAGGCUCAAGUGGAGGAAUUCAGAGCAGCAGAGGAGGAGGGGUUAAGGAGAGGCCUGCAAUUCAAGCUCUUGGACACAACUGAGGCUAUGCUGAUGAGACCAGAUGGGCAUCCAAACCAUUAUUCUCCACCUAGGAAUGGGAAUAUAGCUGACUGUGUGCACUGGUGUUUGCCAGGCCCCAUUGACACAUGGAAUGAGUUUUUAUUCUAUAUACUGAAGACAGGAAGGGAAGAUACACAUUGAUAAUGUAUAGGGAAAUGGGUAGAUGAGUUUUGAAAAAAAAUAUACGGUUUCUUUUUUAUAUAAUCUAUACUGUAAUAUCAUUGCAUUUGUUUCUAUGAACUACUCCAGAUUCUUCACGGGGUGUAGGUGGCCACUAAUUACUAGAAAGUUGGGAUAGUUUGUGGUAUCUUAGCUGAUAAGUUUAUAAAGAAAGCAGCAAUAGGACAUGUAUGGUAAUAAUAAAUAUAUUCUUUAAUCAGUGGGAUUAAGCUGAA